GUGCACAGCUGUUAUAAUGUAUGUACAUAACCUGUAAAUUUGUUAGUUAAGAUUUUGGCUUUUAAAAAUAGAAAAUAGUAACCUUGUGGCGUCGUUUUUGUAAAUUUGUUUUUUAUUCUAAUAGAGUGUGAUUUGCUCGGAAAUGUGGAGUUGUUUGCAAAAUUUAAGAUACUAGUUUGUACUACAGGAAGAGGUUAUGGCUUUAGGACCACAGCGGUUUCUUCACAAAAAAAGUAUUGUUUCCUUUGGUAAAUUUGUUCCAAAGUGUGUAAUAUCUUCCUGUGAAAGACAUGGUUUUAUUACUGGUUGUUGUUACGCUUCGCGUUUUAUUCGGUCGACUGGUGAACCGAAGUCGGCAUUUGCAAGAUUGUCACCACAAGAGGUUGAUUCAGUCCUGCAUGCAAAUGAAUUCAGUUACGAAUUUCCUGAACACAAAUCUGUUAAAUCGUAUGACUCCAAUCAAUUGGCUUCAAACAAUCCCAUCGAAGAUACCAGGUCAGAAGCUUCAUGUAUCCCAACACCAGGUAUUCUCAUGGGAAUCUUUGAUGGUCAUGGUGGAGGAGCUUGUGCCCAGGUAGUUGCAAAACGUAUUUUCAAAUACAUCAGCGCUUGCCUCAUGUCGCCUGAUCAAUUGAAAGAGUAUCUUCAAUUGGCGGAGACAAAUGAGCCAAUGAAACUGCUCAAAACUUAUAACGACAAAGUGCAAUUUGUAGAAGACGUUCGUGAUAUUUAUAGGAAUAGUUUUAAAUUAUUCGUAAAUGAUUUAAUAAAGGACACAAAUAGAUCAUGGACCAAUGUUCACGAAGCUUUGGAAAAAGCAGUCUUGCGUUUAGACGACGAUAUUUCGAGGGAAGCUUUGACUACUCCAUCUGGAGGCGUCAAUAUGAAAACUUUGUCCGUUGCCAUGUCUGGAUGUGUUGCAAUUAUUGCCCAUAUUAAUGGUCCUCAUCUCAAUAUUGCUCACGUUGGUGACGCUUGUGCAGUGCUCGGUACUCAAAAAGAAAAUCAUUGGACAGCGACAAAAUUAACAGUGGAGCACAAUAUAGAAAAUGCGGAAGAAGUCGAAAGGAUAUUAGGGGAACAUCCGACAACUGAAAGCGACACUGUUCUCAGAAUGGAUCGGCUCCUUGGUCAGCUGGCUCCUCUUCGUUCUAUAGGUGAUUUCAGGUACAAAUGGAGCAAAGACAUUAUGCAAAACGUAGUGGUAAAGGUAUUGGGCGACCAAUAUCUUCCCCCAAACUACCACACGCCUCCUUAUUUAACUGCUAAACCAGAAGUGAAUUACCACAAGCUGACUCCGAAUGACAAGUUUUUGGUAAUAGCUUCGGAUGGGUUAUGGGACGUUAUCAGUCCGGCGGAAGUGGUCAACCUUGUGGGAAAACACAUGAGCGGAAAAGUCACCUUGAGCCCCUUGUUUCUACCAAGACGAAAUAUGAAAUUGGGAGAAAUAGAAGAAGUAUUGCAACAAAGAAAAGAAAGUAUGAAAUUGAAGCCCAAGGACAAGAAUGCUGCCACCCAUUUAAUACGAAACGCGUUAGGCGGUACUGAGUUUGGAAUUGACCAUGGCAAACUUUCUCAGAUGCUCAGUCUACCUGUUGAAGUUUCUAGAGUUUUUAGGGACGACAUUACAGUUACUGUGAUUUACUUUGAUUCAGAUUAUUUAGGUCACUGUCCGCCGUAGUAUCAUAUUAAAUUAUUUAUACUGGACGCCUAAUUUUGGAUGUCCAUACGUAUCGAAAUUAGUUUCUUCUCUAAUGUAGGAGAAUGUUUAUGAUUCAGUGAAGUGUUUAAUAGUCUUACAAAUGAUUACUCGCAUUGUGAAGCAAGUUCCGACAUUACAACUACCGACAAAAGAAUAUUUUCGGAUCUUUAUUAAUAACAUUGUAUAAAAAGUACAUAAUAUAUUUUGUAACUUUUUUUCGAAGUGAUACAACACCGGAGAAAAUAUAUAUGAAAUUAUCAAUCAA